GUAAUUGAGCUGUGACCUUAAAUUGACAUUCGUUUGUCCUCUGUAACUUGAUUUCUUCAAUAAUUGUUACAAUGACAACUAGCCAAGAAGCUGUAUUUAAUCCAGUUGAUCACCAACAUAUAAGAUACAAUCCUUUGAAGGGAGAAUGGGUAUUGGUAUGUCCACACAGAAUGAAAAGACCAUGGGGUGGUCAAAUUGAGCCAUCAAAUGAUGAAGAAUCACCAGAAUAUGAUCCAAAUAAUCCACUGUGUCCUGGAAAUAUUAGAGCCAAUGGAAAAAUUACUGAAAAAUAUGACAAGACCUAUUCAUUUGUCAAUGACUUUCCUGCAUUAUUGGAAGAGUCUCCAAGUCCACCAAAAUCAGAUGAUGAAUUAUUUCAAAUUGAUUCAGCAAGAGGUACAUGCAAGGUCAUGUGUUUUCAUCCAAAAUCAAAUGUUACAAUUGCAUUGAUGAAAGUUGAUGAAAUUCAUGAAGUUAUUAAACAAUGGAUCAAUGAAAUGAAUGAGCUUGGAAAAAAAUGGAAUUGGAUCCAAAUAUUUGAAAAUAGAGGUGCAUUAAUGGGUUGUAGUAAUGCUCAUCCACAUUGUCAAAUUUGGUCAAGCUCAUUUUUACCAUUUGAAGCACAAAGAAAAGAUCAACAUCUACGUGAUUAUUAUUUACGUAAUAAACGUCCACUUUUGAUGGAUUAUGUUGAUAAAGAAUUACAAAAAAAAGAACGUAUUGUUAUUGAAAAUUCCGAUUGGCUUGUUGUUGUUCCAUAUUGGGCAGUUUGGCCAUAUGAAACUCUUGUAUUACCAAAAAAACAAGUAACAAGAAUGCAAGAUUUAAGUGUUGAUCAACAAGUUACAUUGGCAUCAAUAAUUAAAAGAUUAUGUACAAGAUAUGAUAAUUUAUUUCUUUGUUCAUUUCCAUAUUCAAUGGGUUGGCAUGGUGCACCAACUGGUGAAUUUAAUAAUAAAGAUAAUAAACACUGGACAUUUCAUGGAAUGUAUUUACCACCAUUAUUACGUUCAUCAACAAUUAAAAAACACAUGGUUGGCUAUGAACUAUUGGCACAAGCACAACGUGAUUUAACACCAGAACAAGCUGCUGAUAAAUUACGUAGUUUAUCUGAUGUUCAUUAUCGACAUCCUGAAACUAGUCAAUAUGAUUUGAACAAUUGAAAAAAAAUAUAAUUAAGCAUUAUAAAAGAAUUUAACAAAAAAGAAAUUUUUAAUGUUUUUUUUAUUUAUGUACUGGAAAUCUAUUUAAUAAAUUGGAAAUGAUGGAUCAAUG